UGUCUGCGCCCUGGACAGAUCGGUAUUAUUUCUAACCCUUCACCUCUGGGCUGCAGCGCCCGGCGGGAGACAUGUAGCCAGGAUCCUUUUUCCAGCACUGCGAAGCUCCGUAAAUCUGAUCGUGAUAACAUGCGCGGGUUGGGUUUCCCGCUCCCCUUUGCACUUCUGCCCGACAAUGGGAGCAUUGUUCCCCCGACAAUCUGUGCCAUUGUGGAGCCAGCAACCUGAAGUGGCUGCUGAGCAGAAACGUUUAGACUUUGUGAGUCUGGGGAAUGGUCUUGAGCUCUUCUGGGUGGGCACCGUGGGCACGGGGCAGGAGGGGGCUUUCAAAUCGCAGCCUUCAAGGGUUUCCUUUCCCUUCUCUCCUACCAGGUGGCUAGGAGGCCUCCUGUUAUUUGUUAGCAGUGGCUUUUUUUUUUUUUUUCAAUGGCUAAAGCAGCUUGGGGUAAAUGAAACAGAAGGAGAAAAACCACCCCAUCGUGGGGACUUGACUGGCAUUUAUGGAGCUUGUUGUUUUAAAGGGUCCAUUGAAAGGAGUUAAUUUUAUUCCUCCUACAUAGUCAGGAUUCUCUCUCUCUCUCUCUAAGGCAAUCAUUUUUCUUCUGGGUGAUUGAAAACAGGGAGUUGAGCAAGGGAGCUGCUGCCAACAGGCUGCCCGACAAAGGGGGAAGGCAGACAAAGGCGCUGGUUGUUAAUUCUUGAUGAUCUGUACUGUACGUGUGCGUCUCAGCAAGCUGCAAUCCAGACCUGACAUCUGCUGACCCCCGGCCCAAAUCAUUGCAUUCAGUGGCCACUUAAUUACAGCAUUCCAGGCCUCCGACCCCCCCGUCAAGGGAGCCGAUUGUCGCGGCAGCCUGCAGGUGUUCGGCUCUCGACAUGCCAGGGCAGUUUCACCGAGGGCCCCGCUUGCCCCAAUGAACCUGUGUUUGCGGUCUCUCUCCCCAGGUGUUCAGAGACAGAUUGUGCACUGUGUUGAAAAGAUGGCGGGCAUCGUGGAGGAGCGGUACUGCGACUCGUUAAGCCGCCCUGACGACAGGCAGCGGACGUGCAGCGAGGAGCCCUGCCCUGCCAGAUGGUGGGCUGGCGAGUGGCAGAAGUGCUCUGCCACGUGCGGCGAAACGGGGCUCACGAGGAGGACGGUCCUCUGCAUCCAGAGCGUGGGGGUGGACGAACAGAGAGCCCUGCCGCCCGAAGAGUGUCAGCCCCUCUCCAAGCCAGAAGCUGCCGGUCCCUGCAAUAGGGAUAUCGCCUGUCCUGCUCAGUGGGCUGUGGGCAACUGGUCCGAGUGUUCAGUAACAUGUGGAAAUGGGACACAGAGGCGCCCUGUUUACUGCAGUAACAAUACUCGGAUGGCCUGCGACCCUACAGAAAAGCCAGGGUCAGAAAUGACAUGCUCCCUACAGCCGUGCCAAAAGAAAAUAGAAAACGCCAACGCUGACUGGUCCGGCAGCGGGUCUUCCAGCAGAGAGCUGUUUAAUGAGAUACAUCACAUGCCCCAUAAUCACCUUGCUAAAUUUAGCCCUUCGAUUCCAAAUGUCCCAGAGUCCAACGACGUGAACGUCAUACCCGAGGAGGACUUCUCAUCCAGCAGCAACAAAAAGGGAAAUGUGUUUGUUGAUGACUUUUACUACGAUUAUAAUUUCAUCAAUUUCCAUGAAGACCUGUCCUAUGACCCUUUUGGUGAGAAGGACAUCAAGAGCGAUGGGCUUAAACCAGAGCCUGGGGACAAGACAGCUAAUAGUGUGGAAGAGUCCAAUGAAGUGUCUCCCGAUACUUCAUACGAGGAGAAACCAGGAGGAGACUCCAGCAAAGUAAUCUCAACAGACAGUGAAACAAACCCUUCUGCAAAGGUGCAUGGUGAAGAGCAGGAAGACGCGGGGGCUCAAGUCAACAAAACCCUCUUCAGCGUAACUCAACAUGAGGUUAUCAAGACAACCCCUGCUGAUUAUACCACUUCCUACGUGACAGACGAGGAAGAGGAGGAAAUGCAUACGCCGCUCUCCAAAGACCCUCCACCCACUCUGAGUGCAACGAGCCAUUAUUCUAUAAACAGCUAUGAUAAUCUGCCCACUGAUAACCCCCAAGGAGCCUUGCUGACAAGCACCAUUUCUACAAUCACCGACCUCGCUACCGCGUCUCCUUAUUUGGCCAUUCUCUCUCCACCGCUGCCCGUUGACAAGAACGGCGCCGGUGGGGAAGACGCACACGCCAUUCUUGAAAGCACAGGAAGGCCUGAAAGCAGGGAAGAGGAUCAUGAAAGCACAGAGGCUCCUGAUAACGACAGCAAGAAAGACCACGUCUUGGCUGGUAUUACACAGAAAGGCCAUGGAGACGCGAGUGACGUGAAUUCGGUCAUCGAUGAUAAUGACAACGGUGACGGUGAUGAUGCUGCCUCCGAAACGAAAGAUGAAGAUGCACAGGCAGGUAGGGCUGCAACAGAGGAGACAGUAGGCACCAACUGGAGACCACCUACCCUGCCACCCCAGCUACAGACAAGUGAGUCACCGUACCCUGUAGCCUAUGCCACCCCUUUCCUCUCCCGCGUGCCUACGGGUGAGCAGGAAAUGGGAGACAGCCAAAAAGAUGCUGAUUCUGUUCUGAGUAUAGACAGUUCACUGGACAAAGAGCUGGUCCAUGCAGGAGGUGCACAGAACCAGCCAGUCUAUUCCACCAUUGUUUUGCCCACCCAGGAUGUCCUAGCAGCCACCACAGCCCUUACAUUCAGGCCAUCUACCCAUAUAAUUGAAAUGCUUACCCCAAGCAAUCCAGCCCACCCAGGCACCCAGACCCCUGCAGUGCCGAGAUCCUCCAGUCAGAGCCCUGCAGCUGCUCCACCAGCAACUCUGCCCGCUGCACUAACCUCUGCAGGGUGGGCUGAUGGAGAAUCAGAGGAAACAAAGAGGACUUAUCCCACAAUGCACAUUGCUGCCAGGGCCCACGAGACCACCCCAGCGGACACACGCCAAAGUGCAGCCCCAGGGGAUGGGUCCCCACAGGGAACCCAAAGCACGUUUGCCUACAGCAGCGGAGAACCUGAGCCCUCUCUCCCCACCCCAGUGCAGCCAGAGCUGCCGCAGGAGGAGGAGGACGAGAACGUAGUGAAGGAGGAGUCUGUCCUCGGGGUCUCGGCUACGGAAGCAGCCCCAGUAACAGCCAGCUGGGAAGUUGGGAACUGGAGCCAGUGUUCCACCACCUGUGGCUUGGGAGCAAUCUGGAGGACAGUGCACUGCAGCACAGGCAAUGAUGACGAUUGUGUUGCUGCAAAUAAACCCGUCCCUGCUCGAAGGUGUUCCCUGAGACCGUGCUCAUCGUGGCGUGUUGGCAACUGGAGUAAGUGCUCCAAGAACUGCGGAGGGGGACUGCGGGUCCGGGACGUGCAUUGCAUCGACACCCGAGAUCAGAGGCUGUUGAGGCCUUUCCACUGUCAGGCUGUUCUCUACAAGCCACCUGUGCAGGCUGCCUGUCAAACCAAGCCUUGUCUGGACUGGUACACGUCCUCCUGGAGAGAGUGCUCCGAGUCAUGCGGAGGAGGGCAGCAGGAGCGUCUGGUGACGUGCCCAGAGUUUGGACGGUGCGAGGAAAUGCUGAGGCCAAACAAUACGAGGCCCUGCAAUGCUCAUCCGUGUACCAGCUGGGUGGUGGGAUCCUGGGGACAGUGCACAGCUACCUGCGGAGGAGGCAUCCAGCGGCGGCAGGUGAAAUGCAUGAACACUAAAACGGGCGCAGUUGAAGAAGACAGCAGCCUGUGUGACCAUGAGCAGUGGCCAGAAAACACCCAGAAGUGCAAUCCUCAGGACUGCGACCACAGCGAGUCAAGCUUUGUCUGCGAGCGCGACCGCCUGACGUUCGGUUUCUGCCAGACCCUGCGGGUUCUGGGAAGGUGCCACCUCCCGACGGUCAACGUGCAGUGUUGCCGAACCUGCCGCCAGCACGGGCACGGCACCCGCGACCGGGGCAACGAACGUGCCUCUAGGAGGUGAAACCGUUUUGGUGGAAAGGUACUUUUUUUUCGAGGGGGAGCGGAAAACAAAGGAGGAGGAGGAGAGGCUUCAGGAGAACAAAAGCUAUGCAGCAAAGGAAAGGAAGUCUUUGACCACGACAUCGCUGUUCCUCUAGCAGUGCGGUGUUGCAGCCGUGUUCCUCUGUGCAGAUCCAUAUGGUGCUCUUUAAAAACACAGGGACGUUUCGAUUUGUUUUAAUUUUUCUUUUUGUUUUGUGGAGGGGGGUUACUACAGUACAUGGUGCUCAGCUCAUCUGUCUGAAAACAGGAUCUGGCGCUCACUGCGUAGCACUUGGGUUCCUGCUGGUUACCAUGGAGAAACGCACCGUUUCCGAGCAAGUAGCAGACAACAGCUCCAAUUUCCCAUCCUUCGGGUCACACCUAGAAGUAGCUGAUCUAGCAGGGAACACAUCAGAAACCUAACAUAUAA